AUGAAAGUACCUACUUCUCAAGAUAACUUGUGGAUCGCAGCUGGUGACGGUCAACUCGAUCGUGUGAGAGAAUUAAUAGAGAACGGCAUGAAUGUAGACAGUCAUGAUGAAUUUGGAUAUACUGCCAUGCAUGCUGCUGUUUCUUAUGGUCAAUUUGAGAUUGUCAAAUAUUUACUUGAAAAGGGAGCCAAUAUCGAUAUUGAAGACUUAGAACAUGAUACACCUUUGUAUGUGGCAGAAACAGUAGAGAUGGCUCAAUUACUGUUAGACCAUGGUGCAAAUCCUAAACAUAUCAAUGCAGAAGGCAAUUCACCUGCUUUAAAUGCUCAUGAUGAAGGCUGGGAACAAGUAGCUCAGUUAAUAGCUAGUGUUACAAAAGAAACAUUACCUACUGACGAAGAUGAAGAUGAAGAUGAAGAGGAUUUAUCUCAUGUUCAAGAAGGCACUGAUCAUGAAGAAUUCUUUAAUGAACAAAUACAAGAAAUCAUGAAACGCAUUGAAGAACAAGGAGGUGUUCAAGAUGAAGAAGAAUUAAGAGAAAUGAAAAUAGAAAAGUUGGGUGAAGGUACUUAUGGUAUUGUCUACAAAGCACAAAACCGUGAAACAAAUGAAGUGGUUGCUUUAAAGCGUAUUCGACUAGAUAAUGAAGAAGAAGGUGUGCCCUGUACAGCCAUUCGAGAGAUCUCCUUAUUAAAAGAAUUAAAGCACCCUAAUAUUGUGAGACUCUAUGAUGUUCUACACACCGAAAAGAAGCUUACACUUGUGUUUGAAUACUUGGAUUCUGAUUUGAAAAAGUUUCUAGAUUCUUAUGGUGGUGAUAUUGAUGUACUUACAGUCAAACAAUUGAUGUAUCAACUACUAAAAGGCAUUGCUUUCUGUCAUGCUCAUCGAGUUUUACACAGAGAUUUGAAACCACAAAACUUAUUGAUUAACAAAAAAGGUGAAUUGAAAUUGGGUGAUUUUGGAUUAGCAAGAGCUUAUGGUAUUCCAGUCAGAAGUUACUCUCAUGAAGUUGUCACGCUAUGGUAUCGUGCACCCGAUGUAUUGAUGGGAUCUCGUCAAUAUUCAACUUCCAUUGAUCUAUGGUCAGCAGGCUGUAUUUUUGCAGGUAAAGCAGUACUGGGUACACCUACUGAAGAGAUUUGGCCAAAAGUGUCUCAACUUCCAGAAUAUAAACGUGAUUUUGAGAUAUUCCCCAAAAUACAGUUGGAAACCCUUUUGCCUAAACUUGAUCCAUUAGGUAUUGAUCUCUUAAAGCGUUUACUUGAAUAUCCUCCUGAAAAGCGAAUUACAGCAAGUGAUGCAUUGCAACGUAAGUAA